AUGAAAUUCUUUAUUCUUACGUUUGUCAUCACUUCUGUUGUUAGAGAUGUGGUAUCGCGACCAGCAGCUCCGAAUCCUGCAUCAUCACAUCUAUUAUUAAGCAAAAAGCAGACAGUGAUAGCUGUCCCUCCUGUUGCUUCGUCUGAUUUACGAGGGCCAUACCUCCCACCAGCAAAUGGAGACAAUCAGAUCUUUCUUCCUCAUCAUCACUAUCAUACAGGCUAUCAUUUUAGUCAUGGGCUGCUAGUGAGGCCGCAACCAGGUUACCAUGUGUAUCACCAUCAUGUCCUACAUCCAGCGGGAUUACACCAAAUAAAUCAUGUACCUUAUGGCCAUCAUAUGGCAUUAGGCCAUGUAACACCCCAUACUAUCCAUCAUUUACCAUACGGACAUCACGGCCAUUUUACUCACAUACCAUACGGUCAUGUUAACUCCAUACCUAUCGGAAUGUCCGACCACCAUGCAUUUGAUGACCCACUAUGGCCCAGUAUGGACCUAUCAGGACCCGUUGCUGUGUCGGACCCUAAUGAUGGACUCUAUCAAGAACCCAGAACAGGUACCCUCGUCCCACGUCCCAUCAUGCCACAGCAGUACCCAGUACUCUUAGACCACAGCUCCAACAUGGCCGGGGAGAAUGGACCUGGUCUGGUUUUUGUUGGUGGAACAGCAAAGAGUGCCAUUCCACAUGAUGUAGCGCAGAACAUGGCAGCAAGGAAAGCCUCUCAGACCAGUGCACCUCAAAAUAAAAUGCAAGAUUAACAUACUUCAAGUGGGUGGAUUGGAGAGUAACAUGAUUUCAAGUUCUUAAUCAUGUUCCUUAGACAGAACAUGAAGUAAAAAAAUAUGCAUUCUUAUAAAAUAAUAUGCAGGCCCGUCCAG